CGCGCCAUCUCGAUUCAUAGAAAUUCAAUUCUGAGGACAUUUAGGUCAAAAUAGAAUAAUAGAAUACAGAGAAACUCUCAAAUUACUUGCUCCUCUCCGAAAGAAGACUUCAAUAAUCAUCAUUUUUCAGAUUGGAUUAAGAUUGUUGUGAUCAGAUUGCACUUUGUUGAGAUUUAUUGUUAUAUAAAUCGCUUUGAUUGGUAGCUAGAGAAUUGUUCUGGAUCAAGAAGAAGAAUUUGCCACUAAAUGGGGCUGCUUAGAAGAUUUUUUUAUCAGCAACCCCCCGAUCGGCUAUUAGAAAUCGCCGAAAGAGUUUACGUGUUUGAUUGUUGCUUCUCUACCGAUGUCAUGGAAGAGAAUGACUACAAGAAGUACAUGGAUGGUAUCGCGUCUCAACUUCUAAGCCAUUUUCCAGGCGGCUCUUUCAUGGUAUUUAACUUUAAGGAAGGUGAAAUGAGAAGCCAAAUUUCUGACAUACUGUCUGAAUACGAUAUGACGGUUAUGGACUAUCCUCGGCACUACGAAGGUUGCCCGCUUCUACCGCUGGAGAUGAUUCACCAUUUUUUGAGGUCAAGUGAGAGUUGGUUGUCUUUAGGUCAACAGAAUGUUCUACUGAUGCAUUGUGAAAGAGGGGGAUGGCUCGUGCUUGCAUUCAUGCUUGCUGCUCUUCUUUUAUACAGAAAACAGUAUACAAUAGAGCAGAAAACACUUGAGAUGGUUUAUAAGCAAGCUCCUAAGGAACUCCUGCAUCUUGUGUCUCCUUUAAACCCACAACCAUCCCAGCUAAGAUACCUACAGUACAUCUCUAGGAGAAAUCUUGACUCAGAUUGGCCUCCAUCUGAUACACCUUUGACCUUGAAUAGCCUUAUCCUUGGGGUGCUUCCGGUAAUUAAUGGUGAAAGGAGUUGUAGGCCGAUUGUUAGAGUUUACGGACAGGAUCCGCUGACUGCAGCUGGCAGAAGUUCAAAACUUCUAUUUUCAACUCCAAAGCAAAAGAAGCGUGUUCGUCACAGCAGACAGGCAGAAAGUACAAUGGUGAAGGUAGAUAUUAAUUGCUGUGUUCAAGGUGAUGUAGUUCUUGAGUGCAUCCAUUUGGAUGAAGAUAUGGCGCGUGAGGAAAUGAUGUUCAGGUUGAUGUUUAACACGUCGUUUAUUCAGUCAAAUGCUUUACUGCUUACCCGUGAGGAUAUCGACCUUUUGUGGGAUGCCAAGGAACUGUUUCUGAAAGACUUCAAAGUAGAGGUACGGUUUUUGGACCCUGGUAUUCAUGGGUCUACCAGUGCCGUAGAAGUGGCAAGUGGAGAUGAGGAUGAGACUGAAGGUGGAGGGGAGGAGUUUUUUGAGGUGGAGGAGAUUUUCAACAAUGCUGAUGGGCCUGGCGGAGCGAGCGAUUCUGAUAAUGUAAAUAAUGUGAAAAAUCAGAAGGCGAUCUUUGAUAUCCACAAUGAUCAAGACAACAAAUUAGAUGGUGAAAACUGCCAACAGAAUGUAAAGGAGGAUUUUGGUUGGGAGAUUGUUAAACUUAAGCAUGCCAAACCAGGCGAUGGAAAUCACACCGACAAACUCAAGGUUCAACAUGGUUUUGCCAAUGAUGGGGAUAUAAAAUUGGAAAUCGGAACACCAGAUACACGCCGCCAAUUAGAAGCCAGGGAAGUAACUGAUGUGCAGUACCAGUGUGAAACAAGGGAAAUUAGACAGGGCGCUGGUUACCUUGCAACCCAGGGCAAUGAAUGCGAGACUCCACAAGAAAAUUUGGAUAUGGGUUUACUUGCACAGGAGUUUGAGAAAUUACUACCUCCAACACCAAGAGAACAACCAACUCCAAAUGAAAAGCCAGCCCCAGAUCUUGUUGAUGUUAAACAAGACGAAUAUCGGGAUUCUUUGAGUAAAGAAUCCGAGGCUCAACAAAAAAUGGUAGAAAAGGGUUUACAUGCACAGAAGUUUGAGAAAUUAUUGCCUCCAGCGCCAGGAGAACAACCAGCUCCAAAUGUGAAGACAUCCCUUGAACCUGUUGCAGUUGGACAAGAUAAAUAUCAGAACUCUGUGCAUGCAUCGGCUCAGCCUCCUUCAGGAUGUAAUAUUACUGCAUACUCACCAAAUAGUGUGCCAGCUGAUCGAGUCCGUACUGCACUUUCACCAAAUUAUGCUGCACCUUUACUUCCACCUCCUUCUGUAUCUGACCCCCCACCUACAGAGGCUGGAGCUCUUCGUGGACCACUUCCUCCCGCUCCUCGUGGACCCCCUCCACCCCCUCCUGGUAGACCACGCCCACCUGGUCCUCCUGGUCCACCAGGUCUACUUAUAGUUCGACCCAAAGUACCUCAAUUAGUAGUGAGGCCAUUCCACUGGAUUAGGUUUACGAGAGUGUUCCCGGGAAGCUUAUGGGCAGAACCCCAAAGAUCUGAAGAAUUCGAAAGUGCGCCCGCAUUUGAUGUAUCUGAACUUGCACGGCUUUUCUCUAAGCCUUUGGAUACGAAUAAGGAAGAAGACAAGUCUGGAGCUGGCAUCAGUUCACCUAGACCUAAACGGGUCAAGGUUCACCUGAUUGAUUUGAAGAAGUCGAACAACACUGAAAUCAUGCUUACCAAAGUUAAAAUGCCAUUUUCUGAUAUGAUGACUGCAGCACUAGCAAUGGACGAAUCGGUAUUAGAUGAUGAUCAGGUCGAAAAUCUCAUAAAGUUCUGUCCCACAAAAGAGGAGAUGGAACAACUUGAGAAUUACAAUGGUGAUAAAGACGUCCUGGGGAAGUGCGAACAGUUCUUUCUGGAGCUGAUGAAAGUCCCACGAAUGGAAACUAAACUAAGAGUUUUCUCUUUUAGAAAUCAGUUCAUUGCUCAGAUUUUGGACCUUAGAAAGAGUUUAGGCACGGUGAAUUCUGCUUGUGAAGAGGUUCGAGAUUCUCUCAAAUUGAAAGAAAUUAUGAAACAAGUUCUUUACAUGGGAAAUGCAAUUAACCAAGGAACUAGUCGGGGCCUUGCCAUAGGAUUCAAAUUGGAUAGCCUCCUGAAACUUAGCGAAACACGUGCGUAUACCAGUAAAAUGUCACUGAUGCACUAUCUUUGUAAGGUGCUUGCUGCUAAGUCCCCAAGACUCCUAGAUUUUCACAGUGCCCUUGCUAGCCUUGAAGCAGCAUCAAAGAUACAACUAAAGUCCUUAGCGGAAGAAAUGCAGGCUAUUACUGACGGGUUGGACAAGAUUAAUCAAGAACUAAUUGCAUGUGCAAAUGAUGGCCCUGUAUCAGAAGUUUUUCAGAAGACAUUAACGGGAUUCACUGAAUUUGCUGAAGCAGAAGUGGCAUCGUUGAUAUCGUUUUAUUCCGUAGUGGGCAAAAACGCAGAUGCACUUGUUAUGUAUUUUGGCGAAGAACCUGCAAAAUACCCGUUUGAACAAGUUACCACAACUCUCUUAAGCUUCGUGCAAAUGUUCCGAAAAGCACACGAAGAAAAUCUCAAGGAAGCACAAGUUGAGAGGAAGAAAGCCGAGAGAGAGAAUUCAUUGGAGAGGGCAAAGGGGAUUGAUCCGACUAAGAAAAUUACUAGAUAAAUAAGGCAGCAAAACGGAGCACGUAAUCCAUAGCGCACAUCACAUGGUGAUUUUAGUGAGCUGAUAACCAAUGCCUGGAAUUGUGAAGUGCAAAUGUGGAACCUUUCUUCUAGGUUCGUUCUAACCAUGUAAAAAAAGGUCUAUACAAUAAUUUCCUUGUAUGUAUCA